CGCUGCUGUUAAACGGCACGUUUCCAGAUCUAAAAAUAGGGUUGCCCUGCAGAAAUACACAAGAUGUCAAGGAAGAUUUUACAGACGUUUUGCAGGCUUAGCCGCAAAUCUAUGGAUGCGGUCUCUCAAAAAUCAAUAUGUACAUCAAGCAGAUUAGCAGCAGCUAAAAUUUUAGAUGGAGUGGCCAUAGCAAAAGAUAUGAAGGAUGAAGUGAAGGCAGAAAUUGAGGGUUUUGUAGCUGAAGGACGACGCCCCCCUAACCUGUGUGUGAUACAAGUGGGAGAGGAUCCAGCAAGCAAGGCCUAUGUUACCAACAAAAUUAAGGCUUGUAAAUACACAGGGAUUACAAGUGAGAAGAUAGUGCUACCGGUGGAGACCACGGAGGAACACCUGCUCAGUCUGAUCAAGGAGAAGAGCGAUAGUGACGAAGUGGACGGUCUAUUGGUCCAGCUCCCCGUCCCCAAACACAUCACGGAGCGGAAGGUGUGUAACGCGGUGCAUCCCAGUAAGGAUGUUGACGGCUUCAACAUCAUCAACAUCGGCAAAUUCUGCUCAGACCAGAAGUCGUUUGUGCCAGCAACACCAGCUGGGGUUAUGGAGAUUCUCCGGAGGUCAGGUAUAGAGACGUUUGGCAAAAAUGCAGUUGUUUGUGGGCGCUCCAAGAAUGUUGGGAUGCCUUUAGCGAUGUUACUGCAUGCUGAUGGUGUCUACGAAACCAAGGCAGGUGAUGCUACCACCACUAUAUGUCACAGAUACACCCCUCCAGAACAGCUGAAAUUAUUCACUAAGACAGCAGAUAUUUUGGUGGUGGCGGUGGGAAUCCCAGGACUGAUCACCGCUGACAUGGUGAAGGAGGGGGUGGCCGUCAUAGACAUCGGCAUCAACCGGGUCAAGGAUGAGAAAACUGGCAAGAUGAAACUUGUUGGGGAUGUUGACUUUGAGGGUGUGUCUAAGGUGGCCGGCCACAUCACACCAGUGCCCGGUGGUGUGGGACCAAUCACUGUAGCCAUGUUGAUGAAGAACACCCUGACUGCCUACAAGAAAGAGAUCACUUUUGAAUGAUGACAGCUCUCUUUGUCCUAGACUUACGUUCUCCACGGACCAAAAGAAGAACAAUUAAAGAAAAAAAGAAAGCAUUAUUCCGACAAAUGUAUCCAGAAUACACACACAACACAAAUAUGCUGGAAGGAAGAAAAUGGCAAAACUGCACACAUAAUCAGGUUCAAAUGUUUUGUACUCUUCAGACAAU